UGGUUAUUCUUUUCAGAAGUUGUAAACAUCAAGUAAACACUAAGUUGAGUAAUUUAGAUUGAACUAAAUGAUUAUGAUUUAGUUAAUUGAUUCCAUAAUAAGACAUAGCAAUGGAUAAUGAAAAGAAACCGUCAGCCGCAAUUCCUAGAGUAGCUGGAGAUGGUUUGCGUUCUGUGAAAACUACAGGAGUAUUUAGAGCGCUCAAUUUUGAACUCUAUGUGAAACCAAACAAAGUCAUCAUGGCGCUAGGUCUAUUAGCUAUAGCUGGUUGCACUGGAUAUUUGACAUAUAUGAAGACAAAAUAUGAAAACAUGGGUUACUAUGUUGCUGUCCGAGAAGAUGGAUCCAAACAGCUGCAUACAAAAAAGUCAAGAUGGGACUAGAUGAAAUUUCUGUACUGUGUAGCAGACGAAAUAAGCUAAGUUGAUAAUUUAAGUAAUAAAUAAAUUUGAUAAUUCCUCAGA